AGGUACGGAUCGAUGGAUACCCUGUUAAAGAUCUGGACAUUAAAUGGUUGAGAGAGAGAAUUGGCUAUGUCGGGCAGGAACCUCGGCUUUUCCACACAGAUAUCAGCUCAAACAUAAGAUAUGGAUGCACACGGAAUAUUAGCCAGGAAGAUGUGGAAUGGGCAGCCAAGCAGGCCUCUGCUCAUGAUUUCAUUUUGGCUUUGCCCAAUGGCUACCGAACUCUUGUUGAUGAUGAGUUGCUAAGUGUUAGACUCUAAUAUCAGCAAACAGUUUCCGUAUUAUUAGCAAUGGAGAUUGAGGAAUUCUCAAUACUCCAGAAUGAUUACAGGGAAGAUAAAGAGAAUAACAACCAAAUCUAGAGAAGGAACAAGGAGUUUCUCUCUAGCCAAAGCCCAGCCAUUUCUAACUGAAUACCAGCCUGCCCUCCCCUAUUCCCCUCCCUUCCUUAUAUUCAGAAAUCAAACCAGCACAUUAAUUACUCCUGCCCCCUCAUUCCCCUCCUCACAUAAACUCCCAUCCCUUCAUUCCCCUCCUCACAUAAACUCCCGUCCCUUCAUUCCCCUCCUCACAUACACUUUAUUAAAAUACUCUACACCCCUUGUGCUAUCAUUACCCUCCCCUUGAACUACCACCUUGUCCCCAAGGUGGAAUGUUGGGAACUACUUCUGAAACUUGUUUAAAUCUUCCCAAGAAUCCUCAAAAGCUGGCAGCUGCUUCCAAUGAAUUAGCACUUCCUUCUCCCCAUUAGGAUUUACUCUGUAAUCCACCACCUCUUCAGGCUGCACUUGUAACUCCCACUCUUCUGAGAUGCAGGUAGGUAGGGGCUGGCAGGGAAGGUUAGGAGAUACUGCCUUCUUCAGCAAAGAGAUAUGGAACACUGGAUGCACUGUGCAACCCUCGGGUAGUUUCAGUUUGAAUGCCA